AUGAAUAUGUUGGAUGAUGAAGAUGACCAAAGCUUUUACGCUACGCGUGACGGCUACUCCCAUUUGAGCGAUGUCGAAUGGGAUGCGGUUGAACGGAUGGGUUCAACCAUGGGCAUCCAUGCUGUUAGCGUCAUGCUAGAGGCUCUCAAUAGAGAUGCCCAACAUGCUACUAUCGCCAAGUUCAUUCAAAAUGAACUUGACGCAGAACGCGAGAAGUAG